AAAAAUUCCAUCAAAAAAUUAGCAUUUGAUGCGUUAAAAAUGAGUAUAAACAAUGAUACCAAAGCUUCUCUGCGGUCUGAAUUAAAUGUACUAGAUUUCAAUCAUAAAAAUUGUUCUUACUGUAAUCAGCCGUUUAUUGAAGAAUUAUGGUGUAAGAAAUGUGACCCGUACAAUAUAAUUGAAGGAUGGACAAGUGAAAAUCCCGAUAUUGAUAAAUUCAUCAAAGAUUCGAUGUACUUAAGAAAAUAUGAAAUAUGGCUUGAAUGGGUACCAUUUGAUAGGUUUACGAAUAUAGAACGAGUUGGCGAAGGCGGAUUUUCCAAAGUUUAUUCUGCAACAUGGAUAGAUGGAAAAGCAAGCUAUAAAUAUGAAUAUGGAAAUUGGAUAAAAUCAGAUUCUAAACCAAUUAAAGUUGCCUUGAAAAAAUUAAUUGGAUCACAUAAAAUGUCAAUUGAAUAUUUAAAUGAGCUUAAAAUACAUUGGAAUGUUCAUUUAGAAGAAAAUUUUUUUCUGAGAUUUUAUGGAAUGACUAAAGAUCCAGUAACAAAUGAAUUUAUUAUGAUUAUUGAAUUUGCGAGUGAAGGAAGUUUGAGAAGUAUUCUUUUAAGUGAAUUUAACAAAAUUUCAUGGGAUGAUAAAAUUAGAAUUUUAGGUCAUUUAAUAUUAGGGCUCAAUAACUUACACAAAUUAGGAUAUUUCCAUAAAAAUCUGCAUAGCAGAAAUGUUUUAGUCCAUUAUAAUUAUGAUAAAUGUUAUAAUACUUAUAUUUCAGACUUUGGAUUGAAUGGACCAGGAAAUAAAUCAAAAAAUCAAAUAUAUGGUAUACUACCAUAUAUUGCCCCAGAAGUUUUAAAAGGAAAACCAUACAUGCUAUCUUCUGACAUUUAUAGUUAUGGUAUAAUUAUGGCUGAAUUAUCAUUUGGAAAACUGCCUUUUUGUGAUAGAAAAUAUGACUUAAAAUUGGCAUUAGAUAUAUGUAAUGGACUUAGACCAGAAUUUGGAAAUGGAACUCCUGAAUUUUAUAAGAAAUUAGCUUGUAGAUGUAUGAAUUCCAAUCAAAAACAAAGACCAAAAGCAGAUGAAUUAAAAAAAAUAUUAUUAUUUUGGUAUCAUUCUAUUAAUGGAAAAAUGUUUGGUUAUAAAGGAAUCCCUAUGAAAAAAGAUCAUCCAAUUUUUGUGCAAUAUUUGUUCAAGUCCGUGCGGAAAUCAUACAAUUAUUGCAGUUUUUUGGAUAAAAAUGGCCAUGUCGAUUUUAUAGUGUAUUGAAAAUGUGCGAUCUUUGUACAAUUGAAAAUAAACUUAAAUUAAGUAUACAGAAAACGUUCAACUUUUGUGCAAUAAAA